GGAGAGAGAGACUUAGAGAGCGAGAGAAGGAGAGGUGGAGAGAGAGUCAUUUCGUUCUGAGUUCCUGCCCUGAGAUGAAUGUCUCCAUGGAUUCUGUUCUGUUCCAGGAUCGACUGUUUGUGAACGGACUGUGAUAUGAGUCUGUGUGUGUCUGCGAGAGAGGGAGGCCUGGAGAGUGUGUGUGUGUGAGAGUCUGUUGAGACAGAGCCGGACUGGGUGCGCAGGGCGCUGACUGUCUGGGAUUCAACAUCGGGACCAGGAGAUGAAUGGACUUUGGGAUAAGAUAAUGAUGUCACAUCUCUCCACAAGUGAUAUUAAUGCUGAGCUCCAAGACUUUGUCUUCACAGGGAAUGUGGUGACCAGGCUGCAUCACUUCUGGGAGCAGAAACAGGUGGAGAAACUGGGACAGGUUAACGGCCAAUCAGAGGGGCUGAUGAGGGGUUCCAGCAACCAAUCCGAGAGCCUGUUGCUGUAUGAGUCCGCCCCGUCUCCCGGCCCCCCCUACGUCUGCUACGUCACCCUGCCUGGAGGAAGCUGUUUUGGGAGCUACCAGGUGUGUGAGACCCAGGCGGAGGCGCGGCGGGACGCGGCCCGCGUGGCUCUGAUGAACUCCCUGGUCAACGAGCUGCCGUCGAGGCGGAUCUCCCCUCAGUUCAUCGGCCAAUCCCUGCAGGAGGCCGCCUCCACCAGCGCCGUGUGUAUCCAGGAUGCGCGGGACCCCAGCACCAGCUUGGGAGCCUACAGCCUGCUGCUGCACACACACGCCGGCAGGAGCAUGCUGGAGUUCCAGGAGAUGAUGACAGUGUUUCAGUUGUUACAUUGGAAUGGAACGUUGAAGGCCCUGAGGAAGAGGCAGUGUUCCAGACAGAGUGUGAUUGGCUAUUACUCUCAGUGUGGGCUGGACGCCAGCCUGCGCAGCAGCAUGGCUCUGGAUUGGCUGGGCCGCGAGCAGCGCUGCCCAGGGCGACUGGGCGAGGAGCUCCGCGUGGCCCAGCGGGAGCUGGGAUUGGCCCGUCGCCGUGGCGUCGAGCUCCGCUUCUACAAGGAGAAGACCCAGAUCCUGACCUUGGCCCUCAGCCAGGCGGCCCCCAGCCCGGAGGGGGGCCACACGGACGCUCACACCCAGGAAGAGCUGCCGCUGCGCUGCUUCCACAGCCAGGCAACCCUGAGGCUUCCAACCCCUCCAUGGCAGCCCUCCACCGAGGCCCACACCCACACACAGCCCCAAAACUCCAAGUUCAGAUCCCACUGCUGAUGGCUCCAGAGAUGUGUUGUCUGGUGUGGGGGUUGAGAGGGUGUGUGUAUAUGUGUGUGUGUGUGUGGUUGGGGGUGAGGGGGAAUGAUAUUCUAUAGUGAUACACUAUAAAUUAUAGUGAUAUUGGGCCAGGAGAAGUAUGACCCCAGAUGAUUGCUCCAUACCCCGUUGACACAACUUGAAUAAAUAUCUCUGUGAUAUAUUGCUAUUGUGCUAAGAGGGUUUAAGGGACCCAAUAGAGGACUCCAAAGCACACAAAUGUAUUCACUUUCCCUAGCCUUUGCCUGGUUCGAACUUGCAGGUGCAGGGUAUAACAAUUAUAAAGGGAAUCUAUAGGGUCACUGUCAU